CUAUUUUGUUCAUCCUCAUCUCUCACGCCCCUAUACUCUGGUUACUGAAGCUCCGUCCAAGAAGGGUUUAAGGGUUUAUCGACAAUCUAUCAUCGCCAUCGAUGUGGUCUCUUCGUCUAUCUUCUAAUGCUCUUAGGAAACAUGGCCAAUGCAUUGGGAUUUAUAGGGUUUUCUCUGCUAAGGUUGAAGCGCUAAGUAAUGUUUUUGGUCUAGAAACUAGCAAUUGCAGCCCUAAAAAUUUGGUUUCGAGAAAAUGGAUUUCACAAAAGCAGGUCUAUUUUCCAUCUGUUGCUGAUGAGUUCUUUGUGGGGACUCGGAGUCUCUGUUCGCACGCCAACGCAAGUGUUGGUGAUAAUGACGACACAGCGAGUCGGUUUGCAGAGCUAGGGGCCCCAGCUAGGGCUGAGAUUGAUGAAGAAAGUGAUGCUGAGGAAAUAGAUAGAGAGGAACCACUUUGGGAGUUGGAUUUUGUGAAUGAUACUGAAAAGCGUGCGAGUGUCGAGAUGUCUGAAAAGAAUGAUCUGCAAGAUCUAUUGGAUGCCAUUGUGAAAGCUCGGGGCGAUAUCUCCGAAGUUGUCAAUAAAUGGGUGCAGGAGGGAAAUAGUUUGAGCCAGAUUGCAACUCCUAUGACCAUACUCAUUCCCCUUCGUAAGCGGCGGAUGUAUGGGAAAGCGUUAAAGUUCUCAGAGCUGUUGGAAGGAAGUAAGCAAUAUAAUUUUAAAGAACAAGAUUAUGCUUCUCGUCUUGAUUUGAUUGCCAAAUUACGAACUCUCCAACAGGCAGAGAAGUAUAUUGAGCGGAUUCCAGAGUCCUUUAGGGGAGAAUUAGUGUACAGAAUUCUGUUAAUUAACUGUGUUCGUGCUCUUGAUAGGAAGAAAGCAGAGGCAGUUUUCAACAGAAUGAGGGAGUUGAAGUUGCCAAUCACCAUUCAUUGUUUUAAUCAGAUGAUUAUUAUGUAUAAGAGGCUUGACAGGAUAAAGAUUGCUGAUAUCUUACUGUUGAUGGAGAAGGAAAAUGUCAAACCUUCUGCACUUACUUACAAGAUCUUAAUUGACACUAAAGGGGAGUUUGGUGAUAUCAUGGGAAUGGAACAGUUGGUUGAGGCCAUGAAGGCUGCAGGUAUUGAACCUGACGCGUAUACUAUAUCUAUGUUGGCUAAGCACUACGUUAAAGCAGGGUUUGAAGAUAAAGCAGAAAGUCUUUUAAAGGAAGUUGAAGAAAGAAACUUGAAGGGAAAUGAAAGUGAACGAAAAUCACUGCUUCUUCUCUAUGCUUUUCUUGGAAAGGCUGAUGAAGUUGGUACAAUAUGGAAUAAUUGCAAAUUGGAUCCCAAGAUAGCUGAAUGUCAUACUGCUAUAGACGCUUGGGGUAGAUUAGGCAAAGUAGAGGAAGCAGAAGCAGUUUUUGAAAUGAUGCUUGAGAAAUGGACGAAAAUCUCCUCUAGGCAUUACUCGAUACUUUUAAAUGUCUAUGUCAACCAUAAACUACUCAGUAAAGGGGAGGAAUUAGUAAAGCGAAUGUCAGACAGCGGGUGUCGACUAGGCCCUUUAACUUGGCAUGCAUUAGUGAGGCUUUAUGUUGAAGCUGGUCUGCUAGCAAAAGCAGAUUCGAUUUUACAGAAGGCAACUCAACAAAACCAGACGAAGCCUUUGUUCAAAACUUGUUUGCUUCUCAUGGAGGAGUAUGCAAAGCAAGGUGAUGUUCAUAACACUGAGAAAUUGUUCGACAAAGUGAGGCAGUAUGGGUACGGUGGACGUAUGAAGCCAUUCGAGGUUCUCAUUCAGGCUUACAUCAACUCAAAAACUCCAGCCUAUGGUUUUCGAGAGAGGUUGAUGGCAGAUAAUAUUUUCCCUAACAAAAGACUCUCAGCUCAGAUGGUGCGAGUGGAUGCAUUCAGGAAGAACGCAGCGUCAGAUUUGCUUGACUGACAAGGUAGUUUACUGCUACAAGUUGAUUUAUUAUUAUCGCAAAGAAAUUUACACAGUUGAUGAUUUCUUUUUCUAUAUUAUUCACUAUGUAAUUCUUAGCGUUAAAAGACAAUUAAAAAACUGAUGCAACAAUCAAAGAACUGGGGAGUUUAAGAACCUAGUUUGAGGUUGGAUCGAUAUGUUUUUUCUGGCUUCUGGUAGUGAAAUUAAACCAUGUCUUCCA